UUCACCUUAAAAUGAAUAUACGAUUUGAUGAAUUAACUAAUUUACUUUUUUUUAUAUAUUUUCAAAAAUCAUCACUUUCAUUUUAAUUCAUUGGAUUGACUUUUUUUUUCAACUUUUUGUUUCUCAUUGAUACAAAUUGAUCUUAAUUACUAUCACCUUAUAAGUGACAAUUAACUACUUGACUGAUUAAAGGUUGUUGUGAUUGAGACUAAAUUGAUAAGAUUGUGGAUAAAGAAAUGAAACUUGAAUAAACUGAGAAAACUGAUUGAAUCAAAAACAGAAUCAACUCUAAAUUGUUAAUUGGUUGUUUCAACUUGGUAUCAUGUUGAUAAUUUAGAUACAUUUAGUUGAGAGAUAAUGAUCAUUCAAGAAGAGAAUUAUCUGAUUCCAUAAUAAUCAAUUAGAAAAUCUAAUAGUUUUUUUCAACGAUUAUUAUAUUGAUCGAAAUCUGAUUGACAUAAAUCUCAGUUAAUGUCUUCAGAAUUUACGGAACUCAUGGAGCAAGAGUAACAAUGUCACAGAGAAAAUAUGGAUUACCAUUAUCGGUGAGUUAUUGGAUUAAGAGAUUUCGUUAUCUAAUCGGUUUACCUGAUGAGAUUGACUUCGAUUCGUAUGCAGCUAAAAAGAUAACUCUAAUGGAGGAAUCGGCUCGAAGUCUAUUAAUAACUCGACGUGGAUACAAUCAUUCGGAUCCCAAUUGGGAAUUUCCUGAGUUCAAAUGGAAAAAUUCAAUUGGUAGAAUAAUUUUCAUAAUCGUUUUGAUAAGAAUGACAAUCUUAUCCUUUUAUCCCAAUUCGACUAAUUGUCUGUGGAUCAAUAUUUAUCUUGGUAAUCCUUUUCAUGGAGAAACUUAUUCCAGUACAGUGGCGAUUCUUGGACUUUCACUUUUGGUUGUUUGUGGGGCACUUCGGGAAUAUUGUAUCUAUUUGGAUGAUAUCGGUGCGAUUAAAGAUCUUGAGUUCUUACGAGUUAUUCAAUUACAUGGAUUCGAUUGUGAAAGAUUGUUGAUUAAUCGUAAACAAAUCUCGUCGUUCAAACGAUUUCUCGUCUUUCAUGUUACCAAUUGGACAUCAAUGUUACGAUUUAAUAAAUUAGCCAAUGGAUUGAUUAUGUUAUCAUUUAGAUUGUAUGAUCCACUUUUCUACUCUAAUCCGGUUUAUGCGAUAAUCUCAAUCAUUUGGAUAAUCAUGGAAACAAUUGCUUCUCGUUUAUCAUUCACUUCAUUGCUAAAUGUUGGCGGAACCGGAAUCGCUCUAGUACCUUGGUACCUUGCUCGAUUGAGAUCUUGUUAUGAUUUAGCAUUAAAAGUAUCUUUGCAAAAUAGUGUAAAUGAAUCGUCAUUGAAAAGAGUUAAUUACAGAGUAAUUCGAUUUCUUAAUGGACUAGAUAAAAUUAUGGACGAUUCUAAGUAUCUUCUAUUCGUGGCCAUAUUUUUAACCUCAUUUUUGGCCGAUUCGGUGAUUUUCUUAGCUAUCGUGUCAAAAUUUCCGAAGCAAAUCAUCGGAACUUUUUAUUUCGCUGGUUUCUUUUGCAUAACCGCCAUUGGAUUUAUCAUCUACUUCACCGGUGGAUUUGUACAAUUAGCUGAUGAGAUUUACAUUUUGUUAGUUAAAAUUGUCAACAAAUGCCCUUUGGCCAUUGAGGAAAAAUUAAAUACUCAUAAGAUAUUGGAUCGCAUUGGUAUCUUUGGUACUGGAACCAAGAUUGGUGAUAUUAUUGAUAGAGUUACAAGAGAUCUGUUUGUUUACUACAUUUUGGAAAAUGCAAGUACCGUUAUGUUACUUAUCUGCAAUAUCAAUGCAUCGAUCUGAGAAUUGGCUUUGAUCUCGGAACUUCAAUUCCCUACAAUUAUGUCUAAUAUGAUUUCAG